AGGGGGUGUGUCAGGUGCAUUUAUAAGAUUGUUUCUCUAGCAGGUGAUUUGAAAAAUGAGGCUUGUGCAAUUUCAAGAUGCUGGCAACAGGCGGAUUGGUGUUGAACUUAAAGAAAACGGAGACAUUGUUGAUUUAUGCAAGGCAAAUCCAAACAUUCCCAAUGAUAUGAGAUCUUUUAUUGAAGGCGGCAAUGCUAUGCUCUCAGCUGCAAAAAGUGUAGUAGAUGGAGGAGGCAGUAUUUUGAAACGAGACACAGUGAAAGUUGUAGCCCCUAUCUAUAAUCCAGACAAAGUAUUAUGUAUUGGUAUGAAUUACACAGAUCACUGUAUAGAACAGAAUGCUCCUGUGCCAGAAGUACCUGUUAUUUUUAAUAAAUUUCCAAGUUGUAUAAUUGGACCAACAGAUGAUCUGGAAUACCCAGAGGAAACAAAGGAAUUGGAUUGGGAAGUAGAAUUAACUAUUGUUGUUGGGAAAGAUGCAAAGAAAGUAUCAGAAUCAGAGGCAAUGGACUAUAUAUUUGGUUAUACAGUAGCACAUGAUGUCAGUGCUAGAGACUGGCAAUUAAAACCUGGGUGUAAUGGUGGACAAUGGGUAAUAGGAAAAGCUAUGGAUGGGUUCUGUCCCCUUGGUCCUGCUAUUGUAACUAAGGAAGCUUUAAGUGAUCCUCAUAACUUAGGAUUGAGAUGCAAAGUUAAUGGUGUAACUAAACAGGACAGUAGUACAAACCAACUUAUCCACAAAUCUACUGCAUGUAUAGCUUUUGUAUCCAGAUUUAUGACCUUGAAAGCAGGUGAUCUGAUUUUAACUGGUACACCUCCAGGUGUAGGCGUAUUUAGAAAACCACAAGAAUUUCUUAAGAAAGGCGAUGUAGUAGAAUGUGAAAUUGAUGAAAUUGGAAAAGUUGUAAACAAGAUUGUGUGAAAUGAUAACAUUCAACAACUGAGAAACGAUAGAAAAUAUUACUCUGGAAGUACAUACUAGAAAACUGUCAUGUUGUCUUAUUGAAAGGAUGUGGGGCAAAAAUACAGGCUUAAAUUAUAAAGAGAAACUCAAUUAAUUUUUUACAGAUAUAUUUGUGAUGAUUGUCAGGCAGCAUUGAUGAAUAAAGAAU